GAGUUGUGCGGCACUCAUCGUCCGCCAUGGCUUGGAUCCCUCUUAAGUCUGCAUCCCAAUGUCGAUUACGUCCAAGUAAUCAUGACUUCUCAAGACUUCUGGGGUCGCUUCAACCUGAGGAACGAAGAUGGAAAGUCAUGUAUGAGAGCUGUACAGCAUGCAUAUGUAGGGUAUGAGGUGAUGGAAUUUGAACAGCAGGGAUAUUGCAGUUGCACGUUGUUGGUUGCGCCUUUGAGCGACAAUGAGCACAGCGCGGUCGUGGAUAAGGAUCUGACAAAGAAAUUUGAAGGAUGUAGCACAAGAAGUGAGCUGAUCGUUCAACUCCGGCCUACGCCUCACGCGCUUGAUCUCGACAUUAUACACGUCGCAACCAAGACCUACCCAUCACUGGCACCAACCGCCGCACUCCUGGACGUAGAGCUACCUGGAGGUCUGAAGGCUUACGAGAUGGACAGAGUCUCCGGCACAUCUCUCAGUCGUCUGAUGCCACGCGCACGUACCUUGAAUACAAAAGAGCAAGCACGACUGGAAACAUUAGUCUUGAGCUUUGCCAAAUUCAUAGCACAAGGCUGGCAAUGCGCGUCGGAAGCGCGAACAUUACCAACACUCAGAACCACGCGGGCUGACUCGCCAAUGAAAGACACACCAGAUAUGAUCUCACAGUGUCACGGCAAAGUCGGCUCAAGCAUUAUCUAUCGACUCAGGAAACUUGCUGCAGAACUACCCGACGCAUCUUUGAGAAAAAGAGCAGGGAGGACACUUUCGGCCAUACAAAAAACGACGGACUACCCCAUUAUUCUAAAUCACGGGGAUCUCAUACCAUCCAACAUUCUCAUCGAUGAGAGUCGGUGGGAGAUGACUGGCCUGGUCGAUUGGGCUGAAGCAGAGUUUUUGCCCUUUGGAACGUGUCUGUAUGGGCUUGAGCAUUUGCUAGGAUAUUAUGAACAAGAUUCUUUGAGCACAAUAUCUGCAUGGAUCUAUUUCGAACGAGCCGCGCAACUUCGAGAGGCGUUCUGGGAGCACUUGUUCGCAGCUGCACCGGGUCUGAAGACACGCGAAGAUGAAGUAAAGAUGAUGCGAGAUAUGGGCGUGUUGCUCUGGCAUGGUAUCGCGUGGGACGAUGGAGCUAUUGAUCGUGUUGUUAGUGAGUUUCGUGAUCAAGAAGAAUUAGUGAAGCUUCGUGCUUUUCUGGAUGCGGAUUAACUGAAGAGACUUUUCGGAGUCCGCCAAAGAAGAGGAGAUGGAAGCAUUAUCGUAAUCCUACUUCCUAAUGCCUUUAUGUUUCUUGUUACAGCGCUAGUUUUCUCAAGAAGUUUCUCCCAAAUGUCUCUGACCUGGAGUGCCAGCUAUAUGUUUGUCUUCAAGAUUGUUGUUCAUAUAUGAGUUGCACCUUCCCCUUACAAUGGAUGUCCUUUCCCAUACACCCCGCGCCUUCUAUACACACAUAGGCAACAUCAAAACUCUGUUUUUACAAUUCACACCCACCAUUCUCUUCUCCAUUCCAUCUACUUUCUUGUCUGA